AUCACGCGCUGGCUUUGGCCCGAUUCAGUCAUCGCAGACAUACACUUCCGACAUGGCUGGAGUAACGAAACUGACAACAGGGCUGACAGGCCUGGCAGUAGCCAGACAUCCUCACCAGUCAUUGAAAGUGUUGUAUGAAAAGACACUGAGGACUUUACAGAAGAUGCCUUCAAAUGCUGGCUACCGCAAAUAUACAGAACAGAUUGUCAACGACAGGAUGCAUAUUGUGCAGACUGAGACUGAUGUUGCCAAGCUGGAACAGAAGAUAAAUGGUGGACAAGUAGAAGAGCUUAUUUUGCAGGCUGAGAGGGAACUCAUGUUAUCGAGAAAGAUGCUACAGUGGAAAGCAUGGGAGCCUCUGGUUGGGGAAGCACCAAAGAAUCAAUGGCAGUGGCCCUUGUAACUGUAGACACUAGACACUGAUAUCAAUAUACAUAGAAUAAUAUACAUGGCAUCGACAUCUGAUCCUGUUGGUUUUUGUGCUUGCAAAGUGAAGACAUUGCAGCCACUGAAGAGCUCCAUGAUGACUCGGGUUGAAUCAUCUGUUUCCUGAACACUGGGUGUUUUGAACAUUAUUAACAUUAUCUGUGAGCGAGUGUGUUUGUCAGAAUAAAAUGUUCCAAUAUA